AUGCAAAGGUAUCAUGCCACUGGCUGCACUAGUGCAGUUAAUAACAACGCCAUAGGUGGGACAUCAGGGAGGGAUUCUGUGCGAGCUGAUUCAGCUGCAUUGCCUGCUAACUUAUCUCUAGCUUCGAGGCGCACAUCGCAGUUAAACCCUUACAAGUUGAAGUGCGAAAAAGACCCUUUGAAUGGCCGACUUGGGCCACCUGACUUUCACCCCCAAACUCCAAAUUGCCCAGAGGAGACUCUUACCAGAGAAUAUGUGCAGUUUGGAUACAGAGAGACUGUUGAAGGAAUUGAGGAAUCUAGAGAGAUAUCGCUGAGUCAGGCUCAAGUAUUAAGCAAGCCUCUUGUCUUCAGAUGCAAAGAGGCCAUAAAAAAACGUUUUAGGGCCAUCAAUGAAUCUCGUGCUCAAAAGAGGAAGGCUGGUCAAGUGUACGGUGUCCCUCUUGCUGAUACACUAUUGUCCAAGCCAGGCGUUUUUCCUGAACAGAGGCACUGCGGUGAAGACUUACGAAAAAAAUGGAUUGAGGGUCUAUCACAACAACACAAGCGCUUGCGUUCGUUGGCUGAUCAUGUUCCUCAUGGGUAUAGGAAAAGAUCCCUAUUUGAAAUUCUUACAAGGAAUAAUGUUCCAUUGCUGAGAGCAACUUGGUUUAUUAAAGUAACUUAUCUUAAUCAGGUCAGGCCAGGUUCUGCCAUUAUUUCUUCUGGGGCACCUGAUAAAGCUCAGUUGUCCCGCACAGAGCUCUGGACAAAAGAUGUUAUCGAUUACCUGCAGUACCUUCUCGAUGAGUUAUUCUCGAGAAAUAAUUCUCAUUCUACUUCACACAACAGAGAUCGUUCGCCACAAAUGCUUUAUUCUGGGUCAGUUCCACAAAGGAGUGAUCUAGCAUCAGCAGUCCUUGACGGUGAGGAGCCUUCCCUACAUUUCAAGUGGUGGUAUGUGGUGCGGCUCUUGCAAUGGCAUCAUGCCGAGGGGCUGCUUCUUCCUACUCUUAUUAUUGAGUGGGUUCUUAGUCAACUGCAGGAGAAAGAAUUGCUUGAGAUUAUGCAGUUGCUCUUGCCUAUUGUAUAUGGUGUUCUGGAAACUGUUGUUUUAUCUCAAACAUAUGUGCGAAAUCUUGUUGGGGUAGCUGUUCGUUUCAUUCGUGAACCUUCUCAAGGAGGGUCAGAUGUUGUGGAUAACUCUCGUAGGGCAUAUACAGUGUCUACUGUGAUUGAGAUGCUUCGUUAUUUAAUACUUGCUGUACCUGAUACAUUUGUAGCUUUGGACUGCUUUCCUUUACCAUCUUGUGUAGUCUCUUAUAUAGUAAAUGAUGGAUUACCAAAGAUGUCUGAGGAUGUGAGAAAGAUUGGAAAUGGUUCGGCAGAAGUUGCUUCUGCGUUCAGAAGUAAAGGUUUUGAUGCCCAAUAUCAGUCCUUGGCCUUUGAUCAUGUUGUUUCAUCCAUUCAGAAACGUGCUGACAAUCUUGCAAAGGCUGCAAGCCCUAGUUAUCCAGUCCAUAGUAUUGCUAAAGCUGUACAGGCCCUAGAUAGAUCUCUUGUUCAGGGAGAUGUUCGAGGGGCUUAUAGAUUUCUGUUUGAAGAUCCUUGUGAUGGAGUCGCAAAUGAAAGUUGGAUCACAGGAGUUAGUCCAUGCUUGAGAACAUCGUUGAAGUGGAUUGGGACUGCGAACUUGUCAUUUGUUUGCUCUGUGUUUUUCCUUUGUGAAUGGGCAACAUGUGAUUUCAGGGAUUUUCGAACUGCCCCACCUUGUGAGCUGAAGUUUACUGGCAGAAAGGAUUUUUCUCAGGUACAUGUUGUAAUUCAGCUUUUGAAACUCAAGAUAAGAGAUUUACAAUGUUCACCUCAACGUAAGAAUGACAGCUUCCUUGGAGUCGGUAGUGUUGCAAAAGGUUCCACCCAGCAUAAUAAUUUUCCUGUCAGAAUAUCCAUGGGAAAUUCCUAUGAAACUAAGAAUAGAUCAAAAAAUGGUGAUCAAAGAAGUAUAAAAUCGUCAAAUAUAUUCGAGAGCCCAGGUCCUUUGCAUGAUAUUAUAGUGUGUUGGAUUGAUCAACAUGAAGCAGGAAAAGGAGAAGGUUUCAAGCGCCUUCAACUACUUGUAAUUGAACUCAUACGAUCUGGUAUUUUUCACCCCCAUGCCUAUGUUAGGCAGCUUAUAGUUAGUGGAAUUAUGGAUAUGGAUGAACCAGUGGUUGAAGUAGACAGACGGAAGAGGCAUUAUCGAAUCUUGAAGCUGUUGCCUGGGCUCUUGAUGCGUGAUGCAUUGGAAGAAGCAGGGAUUGCUGAAGAGCCUCAACUUUCAGAGGCUAUGAACUUAUACUCAACUGAGCGCCGCCUAAUACUUCGUGGGCUUCUCUCUGAUCAAAAUAAAAAUGCGAAUAUGAUUGUGUCUGCUCUGAAGCAAAAGCAUUUUCCUAUCCCUGGAAAGGACGGUCCUUUGCCAGUUUCUGUUGAUCAGUGGAAGGUGGUUCAGUCAUCAUCCAACAUAUUGUCUGUUAAAGGUGGCAAAUCUGAUGCUGAUCUUGAAGAACUAAAGGAAGCAAUCUCAGUUCUGUUGCAACUCCCAAAUAGUUCAUCCCCAUCAACAGAAACAGGACUUGAUGAAUCCCAAGGGAGUGUGAAGAGGCCUUUUGGGUCAAUUUAUAAUAAGAUGGAUCUGGGAGAAGGCACCCCUGGGUGUGAAGAAUGCAAAAGGGCAAAGAGGCAAAAGGUGAGUGAUGAAAGGAGCUCAUACAUCCAAGGAAAUUCUCCAAUUCCUUCUGACGAUGAAGAUACCUGGUGGAUGAGGAAGAGACUUAAAUCCUUGGAGCCAAUGAAGGUUGAUCCACCAGUUAAGUCAACCAAACAGGUCUCUAGGAAUCGGCAGAAAAUAGUUCGUAAAACUCAAAGUCUUGCUCAACUAGCAGCUGCUAGGAUUGAGGGUAGCCAGGGGGCAUCUACAAGUCAUGUCUGCAAUAAUAAAGUAAGCUGUCCUCAUCAUAGAACUGGACUGGAGGGAGAAACUCCGAAGUCUACAGAUCCAACCAAAGUGAGCCAUGGUGGAGAUAUUGUUUCAAUUGGAAAAGCUUUAAAGCGGCUACGAUUUAUGGAGAAGAGGACUAUUACGGUUUGGUUGAUGACUGUUAUUAGGCAGCUUGUUGAAGAGACUGAAAAGACUAUUGCUAAGGUUGGCCAGUUUGGUAGGACUUUCACUUCUGUUGAUGAUAGGAGCUCCAUACGGUGGAAGCUCGGUGAAGAUGAACUUUCUGCUGCACUGUAUUUGAUGGAUGUUUCAAAUGAUUUAGUUUUAGCAGUCAAGUUUCUGCUUUGGUUGCUGCCGAAGGUUAGUAGCCCCAGUUCUGCAUUCCAUAGUGGGAGAAACAUUCUGCUGUUGUCGAAAAAUGUUGAAAGCCAUGUGUGUGAAGUGGGGGAGGCAUUUCUUAUAUCAUCCCUUCGAAGGUAUGAGAACAUAGUUAUUGCUACAGAUCUUAUUCCAGAAGUCUUGUCAGCUAUAAUGCACCGUGCUUCAGCAGUAGUGGCAUCUAAUGGAAGGCUUUCAGGGUCGCCUGCCUUAGCAUAUAGUCGGUAUUUGUCGAAGCGAUAUAGUAAUGUGGCUAGUGUCAUUGAAUGGGAGAAGAAUUUCAAGGCAACAUGUGAUAAGAGACUUCUUUCUGAACUCGAGUCUGGACAAUCAAUGGAUGGAGAGUUGGGGUUUCCGCUUGGUGUUCCAGCAGGGGUUGAAGAUCUUGAUGAUUUUUUCCGCCAAAAGAUUAGUGGUGUCCGGUUGUCCAGGGCGGGUUUAAACAUGAGAGAAAUAGUGCAACGAAAUGUGAAUGUCGAGGAUGCCUUUCAUUAUUUUUAUGGCAAAGAGAGAAAACUCUUUGCUGCUGGUGCUCAUAAAGGCCCUCCUGUUGAAAAAUGGGAUGAUGGAUAUCAGAUAGCUCAAAAAGUAAUUACAGAACUGAUGGACUGCAUUCGGCAGACUGGUGGUGCUGCUCAAGAAGGGGACCCCUCUUUGGUGUCUUCUGCUGUUUCUGCUAUUGUGGGUAAUGUAGGACCAAUUAUAGCAAAAGCUUCUGAUUUUAGAGCAGGGGGUAGCUAUUCAAGUUUUCCAGCUGCCACUGAUUCCCUGAACUGUGCAAGGCGUAUUUUGCGCAUCCAUAUAAGUUGCCUAUGCCUCCUUAAGGAAGCUCUUGGAGAGCGCCAGACCCGUGUAUUUGAGUCGUCUCCUGAAUCCCAUGAUUCCAACACUAAUGCUUCUAAUGAUAUUUUGAACAGUUCUACAAAAAUUGGUCUUGGGAGAGCAACAAAAGUUACAGCUGCAGUUUCUGCGCUAAUUAUUGGGGCAGUUGCUCAAGGGGUUACUAGCCUGGAGAGAUUGGUGACUGUAUUCAAGUUAAAGGAAAGGUUGGAUAUAAUUCAGUUUGUAAGGAGUAGCAGAUCCAACUCUAAUGGUAAUGCUCGGUCUUCUGGGGCAUUUAAGGGGGAUAUCUCGCUUGAAGUUUAUGUGCAUUGGUUUAGACUGCUUGUCGGAAACUGCAGAACUGUUUCUGAUGGAUUGGUUGUGGAACUCUUGGGUGAACCCACUGUGAUAGCUCUUUCGAGGAUGCAGCGUAUGCUCCCCCUUGGUUUGGUCUUUCCACCGGCCUAUUCAAUAUUUGCUUUUGUUGUAUGGCGGCCAUUCCUUCUUAACACUAGCAUUGCAGCCCGGGAGGAUUUUAAUCAAUUAUAUCAAUCUUUAACAACAGCUAUAGGUGAUGCUGUAAAGCACUCGCCUUUUCGUGAUGUGUGUUUGAGAGAUAGUCAGGGUUUCUAUGAUCUCGUAGCUGCAGAUGGCAGUGAUGCUGAAUUUGCAGCCAUACUAGAGUUGAAUGGUUCAGACAUGCUUUUAAAAUCCAAGGCUUUUGUUCCGUUGCGUGCAAGGCUGUUUCUAAAUGCUAUCAUGGAUUGUAAGAUGCCAGUGUCUUUAUUUAUGCAGUGUGAAGGAAAUCAGGUUUCUGGACAUGGUGAAUCAAAGGUUCAAUAUGCAGAACGUGAAACAAAGCUUGUAGAUAAGCUUGUACAUAUCUUAGAUACCCUGCAACCUGCAAAAUUUCAUUGGCAGUGGGUAGAGCUCAGGCUCCUCUUGAAUGAACAAGCACUCAUUGAAAAGCUUGAGACUCAGGAUACGUCCUUAGUGGAUGCCAUUCGUUCGUCCUCCCCUAGUCUUGAAAAGGCUGCUGCCUCUGAGAAUGAGAAAUAUUUCAUUGAAAUCAUCCUUACGAGAUUAUUGGUUAGACCUGAUGCUGCACCUCUUUUCUCAGAUGUGGUUCAUCUUUUCGGGAGGUCACUAGCAGAUUCUAUGUUGUUGCAGGUGAAGUGGUUCUUGGGUGGCUCAGAUGUUCUUUUUGGACGAAAAACCAUUAGACAACGUCUCCUCAAUAUUGCUGAGACUAACGGUCUCUCAACUAAGACCCAGUUUUGGAAGCCUUGGGGAUGGUGUAGUUAUGGUUUUGAUCCUGUGACAAAUGGGGGAGAUAAGAAGAAGUUUGAAGUCACCUCCCUUGAAGAGGGUGAGAUGGUUGAAGAGGGAAUAGAUUCAAAAAAGUACGGGAAAGGGCUCACUCCAACAUCUGAUAUUGAAAGCUACAAUGUCACCCAGCAGCGUGUGACAGAGAGGGCUCUCAUUGAAUUACUUCUUCCUUGUAUAGAUCAAAGCUCCGAUGACUCACGCAAUACCUUUGCGAAUGAUUUGAUCAAGCAGUUGAAUAAUAUUGAGCAACAAAUUAGUGCAGUUACUCGUGGGACAAAUAAGCAAGCAGGGCCAGCUCCUUCUGGCGUUGAAGGUCCCACAAGCAAAGGAAAUAAUCGCAAAGGUAUAAGGGGUGGGAGUCCUGGUUCAGCUAGACGUGCAGCAGUAGCAGCAGAUUCUGCUCCACUAUUCCCUGCAGCUUUGCGAGCUUCUAUGUCGCUGCGAUUGCAGUUACUCUUAAGAUUGCUUCCUAUCAUUUGUGCAGACAGGAAAGAGAUCCUUGAAUCUCUAUCCGGAUCUACGGAGCCAUCUGGGCGAAACAUGAGGCAUGGGCUAGCCUCUGUCGUACUACGUCUUCUAGGAAACAGAGUUGUGAACGAGGAUGCGGAGCUAUGCGUCAAUCUCAUGCAGAGUUCUUUUUCCAAGAGGGAGGCAGAGUCUGCAACAGAGGCUGCCUCUGCUGCUUUUGCAGACUUGUCUAGUGAAAGUCUCUUUGAUCAGUUACUGUUGGUUCUGCAUGUGCUGUUAAGCAGUUGCCAGCCAAGUUGGUUGAGGCCUACUAAGUCAACAAAUGAGAGUGGAAAAGAUUUUGCUGCAUUUGAUCGCGAAUUGGCAGACUUACAGAAUGACUUGGAUCGCAUGCAACUGCCGGAAAGGAUUCGCUGGCGUAUUCAAACUGCAAUGCCUGUAGUUGUCCCCUCUAUUCGGUGCUUUGUCUCUUGCCAACCACCACCUGUUCCGAAUACUGCUUUGGCAGUUCUUCAAACCAGCAUAUCGACUCCUGGGUUUUAUUCUGGAAUCUCAAACCCACCUCAGAGAAAUCAGGUUCCUCUGGCACGAACUGUAGCUAACAUACCAGGGAAGUCUAAAUCAUUGCCGACACAGGAUUAUGAUAUGGAUAUUGAUCCAUGGACGCUGCUGGAAGAUGGUGCGGGAUCAGGCCCAUCUUCAAGUAACAGUGCUUUGAUAGGCAGUGCAGACCAUGGAAAUCUUCGAGCAUCUAGCUGGCUUAAAGGGGCUGUAAGGGUGAGACGAAAGGAUCUCACAUACAUUGGUGCUGUAGAUGAUGACAGCUGA